AAUAAAUUCAUUAAAAGUCAUCUUUUGUAAAUCUUUUAUGCAGCUUCAUUAAAGCUGAAUGAAAGUUGACGAAGGGCCAGUUUUAAUGAUCUUACACUUGAACUGAACUUCUAUUGCUUUCAAUAGCAAUACUUUCCAAAGAAAAGACGCACAUAAAAUUAAGGUACUCGAAGGUGUCGACAAACGAUUAAGCUGACCAGUUUGAUUGCAAUUCUAGACUGCAUUUCACUUCAUGAUUUUUAAUUUUUCAGUUAUCUAGUUUCUCAGUUGUUGACUGUUAUUUAAACUGUUCAUCGGGAGUGAAUUUUACCACAAUAUCUUCAAAUCAUGUUUAUAAUGACCAUAUCUGCAUUGAUUUUAUUUUAUGUAGCUUACUUGAUUUACAAUUGGAUAGUUUGGAUGAGAAAAUUUGACCAAUAUCCAAGUUAUUCAUUGUCGCCUUCACAGUGCAUUUUUGCCCUCAAAGAAAUUAUCAAAGGCCCUGAAUAUAUACUGAAAAAUUAUACGAGUAAAACGUAUAUCAAAUAUAUUCACCAGUUCAUUAAGCAUCAGGAUUACAUUGUUUUAUGGAUAACUUUUUAUCCAAUUUUGUUUGUCUUGAAAAGCAACUGUAUUGAGGAUUCGCUGAAAAAACAUAACGUCAAAACAAGCUUCACUCAAGCUUUUAAGCCUUUCCUCAGCGAUGGUCUGGUGCUGAAAAAUGGUGAAAGGUGGAAGAAAUUUCGUAAAAUUGGUGAAAUGAAUUUAAAGACUAAAAUGUUAUCCUCUUUUAUACCAACAAUGUCCAAACAUGGAAAUACGUUUAUAACUAAAUUAUAUUCAAAGACUGACUCAUGGGUUGAUUUACAGAAAAAUUUAUCUCUGACAACAUUUAAUGUUAUUAGUGAAUGUGCUAUGGGUAUAUCAACUGAAUCCGAUAAUUUACAGAACGAUGCUGAAACACUAUUCUCAUUGGCUCCAGAUGCUCCUGCAUAUGCAAUCAAGCGAUUGUUUAAUCCUUUGCUUUGGCCAGAAUUCAUUUAUCUUGGUUACUGUGAUUAUGCCACUUCAGGUAAAAUCAAAGUAUGCAGCACAUUAUUCAAGCACUUGGUAAACAAAGAAAUAUCAAGACAACAGAUUUACUAUGUAAACGACAUCGACCACUCUGACGAGGAAAAAGAAGAGAUUUUUUUGGACAAAAUCAGGGACAACUAUCUUUCUCAUUUGGUCAGUCUUUACAUCGAUGGAUUGAAUGGCAAUGAUGAUGAGAUUCCAAUUGAAGACAUCGAGUAUGAGAUCAAUAAUUUCAUUAUCGCUGGAUUUGAGACAGUUAAAGUAUCAGUAUUAUGGACACUAGCUUGCAUAGCUAGUGAACCUGAAAUUCAAGAAAGAAUUUACCGGGAAAUUAAUGAUGUAUUGGACGAUGAUGGUUACGAUAUUGAAAAGUUAAAUCAAUUGACUUACCUUGACUGUUGUGUACGCGAAGGUUUGAGGUUAUUUCCACCCAUAUUUAGCACCGGACGAACCUCACAGACAGAUGGUGCCUUUGCUGGCAGAUUAUUGCCAAAGUCAACUGAAAUAAUAACAAUAAUUUGGGCAGUUCAUCAUGAUGAGACGAUCUAUCCUGAACCAGAGAAAUAUGAUCCAGAUAGGUUUUCAUCAGAAAGAGUUGAAUCAAUUCCCAGCUCUGCUUGGAUACCUUUUGGAUUCGGGCCAAGGACUUGUAUUGGCUAUCGGUUUGCCCUUUGUGAAGCUAAAUUGUUGAUCUCUCUAAUAAUUAAACAUUUUACUAUUCAAACAAACAAAUUUUAUGAUCAGAUUGAUUUUACUGCAGUCAUUACUCUCAAACCGAUUGAACCAAUGCUUUUUAAAUUUACCCCAAGAGGACAAAUAUUGUUGUAACACCAAUCACUGUAAUUAAAUUAAAGAAACAUAAGAUUAAUUCUAGUAAUUAAGUUAAUAAAAUGAUAAUCCAUGAUCUUGAAUUAAUGAAA